GCUUGACCCACACUUAUUCCAGCAAGGAAAGAUUGUCUCAAUCGUGGAUACUUCCGUACAUCUAACCUUCAGCCAGGUGUCAGCAUUGCGAACCCCUUUGGUGAGAACCGAAGCAUGCAUCAGUGAUGCCGAUCUUUCCCACCGCUUCCACCAAAGAACACAAAGACAGGCACGAAUGCUAUUGCAACCAUCACCCUUUCAUCCAUAAACAGAGGAAACCAGAAGAGAAAGCAACAUUUGGUUUCGAGAACAGAAGAAAAUGAUCCGUCACACCGCAGCCCUUUUACCCCGUCGAACGUUGGCAAAGGCUCUGACAGCCAGAGCGUUCGUCACCAAAUCUCCGGGACCCGAUCCACUGGAAGUGCUUCGAAAGGAAUGUGUCAACCGUCGAUUGUGCACCGUUGAAGGAUACAGAGCGCCCGGAGUUCAUUGGGUGUUCUCAGUGGCCAUGACGCCAAGAGAUAGCGAUGCGGCUCCCAAUCUUCGAACCAUAGGGAUUCAACGUGUCAGUCCUGCUGGCAUUGAUUUUGUCAUGAAAAAGGGAUGCAAGACGGCCACCGCGAUUGCUGAAGAGCACCCUCUGGCUAUUCUGUAUUCGCAAGGAAAAUACGCUCCUGGUCAGUCGGCAGAACAAUGGCGGGGAGAAGGAGUCUGCAAAUCAUUGCCUCUACAAGAGCUAUUGGAUGUGCUACCCCAUUAUACCCUCACAGGAAUGCUAGUAUCGAAGAGAAUCGAAAAAGAAGCUCUGGAAGCUGAUGAUGACAGUCGUGGUGAUGUUUCGGUUGAUCGUCUGGCUUUGAUGAACAGAAGCCAUGUGACGGAAUUAACGCAAAAAACAAGACUUGAGUUGGAAAACAACGAGGUUUCCGAAGAAGAAUUGGAGAAAAGCAUUCAGGCCUUUCGAUUUUUGCCAGAUCGGUUGGAACGAAUGCAUGGUGGACCAGACUCCAUUUUGUGGGAGAGAUGGGAAUGGUUGAGGUCGGCUUCUGCUGCCGAGUCGGAAGGUGCCAUCCCAUGGAACGAUCCAAUGCAUCUGCUGCCACACUAGCUAGCCAGCUUGCGAGCUCCGUAGUCUCCAUUGUGGUCUCAUUCGUCCACACGAAUUUCCAUUAUGACACAACAACUUGCAAACAAAGACUCUCGUCAAUCUCUGCCAAUUUACUCAGCACAUUAUACGUAGUAAUACUAGCUCAAUGGCACCAAUUUGAGGGCAUUCUAGAAGCAUAAUUGCAGCUCAACACAUUUUCAUGAUUCUUGCUGCUUGCCGUGGGGCCAUCUUGUGAAUGUCAUAUGUUCCGACA